AUGAGGCGGAAAGUUGGAUAUGGAUGGAGGUACUAUGAAGAUUCUGUGACUAUGAUCAUGAAAAGAAAGGAGAUUCGGCUAGAGAGGAUCUUGACCAUGUUCAGAACCAUAGACUUAUCGGUUAACUCUUUUCAAGGGAACAUCCCGAGUAUUAUUGGAAAUCUUCAGUCUCUCAUAGGGCUCAACCUUUCUCACAACCACCUCAUGGGUUCCAUUCCUUCAACCCUUGGAAAUUUAACUAACCUUGAAUGGUUGGAUUUAUCUUCAAACAAGCUUAGUGGGAGGGUUCCUAGAGAACUGGGAGAUUUGUCAUUCCUUGGGUGUUUGGACCUCUCAGAGAACCAACUUAUAGGCCCCAUACCUCAAGAUAAGCAAUUGAGCACAUUCACAAGUGAUUCAUUUCGUGGAAACUCGAGUUUAUGUGGAACUCCAUUACAAAACAUAUGCCGCAGUGAUGCUUUGCCUUCUCCAUCAUCAUGGUCAUUCUUUCCAGAGAAUAGUACAAGAAAGCAUGGUAAUGGUUUUGAUUGGAAAGUAGUCGGGAUAAGAUAUGCAUCCGGAAUUGUGAUUGGAAUCUCCAUAGCAUACAUUUGA